AACACAAGACAUGUUCAGAAGAGUCCCGAAACUGAUCCAUAGCCGCAUCAUAUGCAUUCCAUCAAUCAGACUCUUUGCCACAAUGGCCAAAUCAACAACCAAAUUCUCUCCUUGUUCUUCUUUUCCAGAGGUCCACGAUUUCAUCAAUAAUCAGCUGCAUGAAGUUUCCAUGCCCCUUGACAUGAAAUUCAGAGACUACGAUGCUUUGUUGAACGAGUGUGUGCGCCACAAGUCGUUGAGAGGAGGCCAACGAGUGCAAGCUCACAUGAUAAAAUCCCAUUAUCUUCCCCCGGUGUACCUCAGGACAAGGCUAGUCGUGAUGUAUAUUAAGUGCGAGGCUUUGGUGGAUGCACGUAAGGUGUUCGAUCAAAUGCCUGAAAGAAAUGUAGUGUCUUGGACAGCAAUGAUCUCCGGGUAUAACAAAACCGGGCGUCACUCUGAAGCUCUCAAUCUCUUUCUCCAAAUGCUACGUUCAGGAACUGAUCCCAACGAGUUCACAUUCGCAACGGUACUCACUUCUUGCGUAGGCGAGCAUGGAUUCAAACAUGGAACGCAAAUUCACUCACUCCUCAUCAAGAGCCCUUUCGAAUCCCACAUAUACGUCGGCAGCUCCCUUCUCGACUUAUAUGCUAAAGCUGGAAGAAUCAAUGAAGCGAGGAUCAUAUUUGAAGGCUUACCUAAUAGAGACGUUGUUUCUUGUACAGCUCUUAUUUCAGGGUACACUCAAUUGGGACUCGAUGAAGAGGCUGUUGAUCUGUUCUGCACAUUGCAGAGAGAAAGCAUGCCAUUGAACUAUGUCACUUACACAAGUCUCUUAACUGCAUUAUCAGGGCUGGCUACAUUUGAAUACGGAAGGCAAGUCCAUGCCCGUGUCCUUCGAUCUGAGCCAUCCAUAAACGUAGUCCUUCACAAUGCUUUGAUCGAUAUGUAUUCAAAAUGUGGAGAUCUGAGUUAUGCUAGGAGGAUCUUCGACAAAAUGCCAGAAAGAACCGUCAUCUCUUGGAAUGCAAUGCUUGCAGGGUAUGGUAAGCAUGGGGAUGGGAAAGCCGUAGUUGAUCUGUACAAUGUAAUGACAGAAGAAGAAGAACAAAUCUGCCCUGACAGCACGACUCUGUUAACUGUGUUGUCCGGCUGCAGCCAUGGCGGAAUGGAGAAAUUAGGCCUUGAAAUUUUCGACACAAUGAAUGGGAAUGACAGGGCUAACCUUGGCAUCGAGCACUAUGGUUGCAUUGUAGACUUACUGGGACGAGCCGGGCAGUUAGAGAAGGCCCUGAAGUUCAUCGAAAAAAUGCCGUACGAACCAAAUGCCGCUAUAUGGGGCUCACUUUUAGGAGCUUGUAAGGCCCACAAGAACCUCAGAGUUGGAACAAUAGCUGGAAACCGACUUCUUGAGAUAGAACCAGAAAAUGCCGGAAAUUAUGUAAUCCUCUGCAACUUAUAUGCAUCCGACCGAAGAUGGGACAAGGUAAGAAAACUGAGAGAGAUGAUGAAACAAAAAGCUGUGACAAAGGCACCGGGGAAGAGCUGGAUUGAGGUAGGCCAAAUGCUGCAUACCUUCUACUCGAAUGACCGGUCCCAUCCGAGGAAGGAAGAAAUAGUGCAGAAGGUUAUGGAAAUCUUGGACAAGGUAAAGGCAGCUGGAUACAAUCCUGAUGUGAGCUCUGUAUUACAUGAUGUGGAUGAAGAACAGAAGGAAAGAUUGGUGCUUGGACACAGUGAAAAACUGGCUUUGGCUUUCGGGAUGAUGAGUGUUAGUGAAGAAAAGCCUUUGAGGAUAAUGAAGAAUUUGAGGAUUUGUGUGGACUGUCACAACUUUGCCAAGUUUGUGUCUGAGGUUUUUGGGAGGGAAAUUGUUGUGAGAGAUAAGAGUAGGUUCCAUCACAUUGUACAUGGUGUGUGUUCUUGUUCAGAUUACUGGUAAAUCGAAGAAGAGCUGUCAAGAUGGAUUGAUUUAGUCGGGAUGUCCGGCGAUACCUCAUUUUAGGCUCGAAGAAAUGCGAGUCUAAACGAGUCAAUUCAUAUGAGUUGCGGAUUAAGAGCCUGCUAGUCUUUCAUGGCUAAGUAAAUAUAAUUAUAAUUUAUAUUAUAUCUUUGAUAAUUUAAUUUUUUAUUCUUUUUGGAAUCAAUUUAUUUCUUUUUCUUUGUCCGAAAUCAA